AUGUCGUCUGUGACAACGUCGAGCCGCCGGUCCUCCUCGUCGUAUCGCUCAUCUUCCCGCUUCAGCAGCUUUCGGUCGGAGAGCUCACUGAAUGGCUCCUCAGAUUCACUGGACCCACUGUUUGACAGUUUCCUGGACUCCUCAGACAGCUCAGGCCUUUUCGGAGAGGAGCCUUACUCGGGGUCUGACUGCCUGGCGCCCUUCAGCAGGCACAACAGAGCUUCCUAUGGACACCCAGCUCCACUAGGGGACGCUGUGUCCGACCAUCAGACCGGUACAGCUGGAGGUGUGCGAUGUUUGGGAGACAGUUACGUCAUGUCCGCUGAUGUCAGCCAGUUUGAGCCCCAUGACAUCGUCGUGAUGGCCUACAACCACCACGUUGUCAUUCAUGCUGAGAAGGUUCUUGAUGACGGAAGCGUCAGUGACACCUUCACUCACAAGUCUCUGUUCCCGGAGGACAUGGACCCGUUGAGUGUCAGCACCAGCCUCAACACAGAUGGCAACCUGCUGGUGACGGUCGGCCGGGCCAAGAGUGUCCUGGAGACACCGGGCAGCCCCGUGUUCUGCAGCGAGGCUCACCUGUGA